AUGAGUGCGAUUUUAUUACAGAGUUAUGAGAAGGCACCGAGCCACUGCAUUUCAGAUGCUAGCUUAUGUAAUUUACAGGCUGGAACCGGCAUAGCUGAACUUAUCGCGCUUGAGAUGUCCAAAAGGGCAAACACUCCAGUCGAGGAGGCAAGGAAGAAAAUUUGGCUUGUGGACUCUAAGGGGUUGAUUGUCAGCUCUCGUAAAGAGUCUCUUCAGCAUUUCAAACUGCCUUGGGCUCACGAGCACGAACCAGUUCAAGAAUUGUUAGAUGCAGUUAAGGAGAUAAAGCCAUCAGUUCUGAUUGGGACUUCUGGUGUGGGAAGGACCUUCACAAAAGAAGCAGUAGAGGCUAUGGCUGCCAACAAUGAGAAACCUCUCAUUCUUACUUUGUCAAAUCCAACCUCACAAUCAGAAUGUACUGCUGAAGAAGCCUACACAUGGAGUGAGGGACGCGCAAUAUUUGCCAGCGGAAGCCCAUUCCCCCCGGUCGAGUACAACGGGAAAACAUACGCAACAGGCCAGCUUUGACAUGUGACAUGGAGAAGUUCUUGCGCGUUGAUAUGGCAUUUUGAAAGCUUUUUGGAACAAUUAUAAUUUGUGGGUGUCGUAUGUAGGUAAAUUUUGUUGUUGGGAGAUGUGGUAGAACAUUGGUUCUUAUUUUGUUGUUGUUGGAUGAAUAUUGGUUAUCAAUGUUUAAUUGGUCAUUUUCAUUA